CAAUCAGAAGGCGGCACUUCAUGGCCAGGACAAGUCAAAAUAUUAUUCGCGGUUGUCAGGUUUACAGUGGAUGGUCGUAAUUUCUUUUAGUGCAGGUGCAUUUCGGCCCUCACCAGUUCAGAAUAGAAUAUGAGGCUAUUAUUUUUGUUUCCUUGGACAGAGUUUUAGCCCUAAACGCAUUAGCAAACUGAUAAAGAGCCAGUGGGUGCCAAGCGGAAAGGAACAAUCGGGCGCCGGCCGAAUUUGCGUUGAAACGUUCAAUAAUGGAGAAUGGAAUGAUGAACGGAGACCAUGAUCGAUCCCGCUCUCCUUCUCCCGGCCUCGUUCGAUCAAACUCUCGAAACGCGUCUUCUAAAGAAAUAAACCGAACAUCGUUGCUGAGAAGAAACCAAAGUCUUAGCGCGAAACAAAUUCGCUUUUACCGGAAUGGAGAUCGAUUUUUUUGUGGGCUUAAACUGGCUGUAUCGCCGGAGCGGUAUAAAGAAUUCGACGCUUUACUGGCCGAGCUUUCAAACAAGCUGGAACUUUCCACAGGGGCUGUGCGCUAUAUUUUCAACGCCGAAACGGGCCAAAUGAUCACAGAUGUAAACGAACUACAAUACGGCGCUAGUUAUGUUUGCUCUUCGACCAAUGUAUUCAAAGAAGUCGAUGCUGGCUAUGGAAACAUGAAACCGUCGUGGUCGCUCGCUCACCACAAGAAAGAAGCGCCACCAACAUCAUCGUCAGUUCAUCUGAUCGACGGUACUCGCGAUUUCAUCAAACCGAAAUUGGUGACAGUAAUAAAGAACGGAAAACCCCCACAGAAGAAAGUCACCAUGCUACUAAACGCGAAAACAGCAAUUAACCUAGAGCAAGUUUUGGAUCAUUUGUCCUCCAAGGGAACGCUUGGCAAAGUGGACAAGUUGCAUACAGUUGAUGGUAAACAGAUUAGGGAACUGAGACACCUGUUUGGUGAUGACACAAUGUUUGUUGCCCUCCAAAGUAAUGAAAAGUUCCCAGACGAAGGAUUUGAUGUUGAUGUGCAAAGUUAUAAGAUUACUCCAUAUAGAGAUCUCAAGAGGCCUGCUGGCCUGAAAAGGUCAUCUUCACUACGAACCCCACGUGGAAGGCGAGACAGUGGCUCUAAUGAUACUGGCGGUAGCCACACUCCCUCUCGUGAUCGUCAGGUGCGACGGUCCGCAUCAGUUAAGAGUGCUGGUAAAGAACGAGGAAUGAGUCCUGGACCACCAGCUAGGGUGAAUGGACACAGCCCAAGAGCAACUAGUGCCAAGUCUCCUAAUGGAUCUUCUGGAAGAAGGACUCCAAACAGUUCUUAUGCCCACCCUAAUGAGGAACUGUACCCAGCUCAUGUCUUUGAGAAGGAAUCACCCGAUUCAGUUACAGCUAAAGAUCCCAAGAAAACUAAAAGAGAAAGAAUAUCAGUGCAUGGCUUCUACAGAAUAGGAAAAGUUAUAGGAGAUGGGAAUUUUGCUGUUGUAAGGGAAUGUAAAAAUAGGAAAACUAAUAAGGAAUAUGCACUGAAGAUUAUUAGCAAAGCCAAAGUAAAGGGAAAGGAACAUAUGGUUGAAAAUGAAAUUAGUAUAUUAAGAAGAGUGAAACAUAAAAAUAUUGUGGAACUUAUUGAAGAGUAUGAAACUCCCAAAGAAAUAUUCCUUGUUAUGGAACUAGUUAAGGGAGGAGAUCUUUUUGAAGCAAUAGUAAAGGCCACCAAGUACACAGAGAAAGAUGCCAGCCAUAUGGUGCGCGACUUGGCAGCGGCACUGCAUUAUCUACAUUCCAUGAAUGUUGUACAUAGAGAUAUUAAACCAGAAAAUUUAUUAGUUGUAAAUUAUUCAGAUAAUAGAAAAUCCUUGAAGCUAGCAGAUUUUGGAUUAGCUACUGAAGUGAAAAGCCCCAUGUUCCUUGUUUGUGGAACACCAACUUAUGUUGCACCUGAAAUCCUGGAUGAAACAGGAUAUGGUCUGAAAGUUGAUAUUUGGGCAGCAGGAGUUAUCACUUAUAUUCUUCUUUGUGGAUUUCCACCAUUCAGAAGUCCUGACCAGGAUGAACUGUUUGACUUGAUUCUUGCUGGAGAAUUUGAAUACCUGUCACCCUUUUGGGAUGACAUAUCAGAUUCAGCAAAGGAUCUUAUAAACCACAUGCUUGUUGUUGAUGACAAUAAAAGAUUCUCUGCUCUCCAAGUUUUAAAUCACUCAUGGAUAAAGGGUCAUACAACAGGAGAUAAGGACAUUCAUAAUAAUCUGAAAAUGGAAAUUACAAGAAAUUUUGAUCCAAGAAGAAGACUAAGAGGAGCUGCCAUCGCUGUACAAACGGUAAACUAUUUCUCAAAGAAAGCUCAGUCCAAUUCAAAGAGGAGGUCUUUUCAGACAGACAACCAGAGGCUCAUUGAGUCAAAGAAAGUUGUUUUCUCUGACGAAGUUCUCAACAUGCCUUCACAACCUAGCAGUGCUCAUGACGUGCAUCAUGGGUCUGACAGUAGAUUACACUUUUACGAAAAUGCAUGGCAAAAUAUAGAAAGUUUAACUGGUGGGGAUUUGCCUUAUAGGCAUGUGAGCAGUCCUGAUAUUCACAGUCCAAAAACUCAGCUUGAGAUUUCUGAUUUAGUUCUUAAUGCUGUUAGUGAACAAAGUGUACUUCCACAACAAGCAAAGCACAGCUUUGGCUGGUCUGAAAACAGGCGAAAGCCUGAUUUGAAGACAAAGUGCAGUCCAUCAUUACAGAAUGAUAGCCUUAGUUUAAAUAGUGAUCACAGAAUUCAUGAUUCCUGUGAAGACUGUGGAGUUAGACAGAGGAAAAGGUCCCAUAGUGCGAGGGUGGAACACAAAGAUGGAACUCCAAUUGACAAGUUCAACAUACCCCAAAUUACAAAAACGGAUUCUGUUAACUUGUGGCAAUUUGUUGAAAGAGAUCUUGUUCUCAAGCCAGCACUCAUAGAUGAGAAUGUGGUUGGCUCUAAAGGGGAAAAGGCUAACCUCAGUCUUGACUCAGCUUCUGCUGAACAAACUCAGGAUAGUUUGGAAACAAAGAUACCUGAUCAGUCAGAGAAAAAGAAGAGUGGUUUAGUUAACUUAACUGAGGAACUCAAAAGACUUAAAAUGAGCCUUUCAAAAGGAGCAAAUGUUGCUGUUGAAGUCUAGGGUAACAUUAAUUAACCAACAUGUAAAUCAUGUAAACCCUUAAAGGUUCUAAAGCCUAUGUCUUUAUGAUCAACUUACUUAUCAAAUAAGCAUUUCUUUGGUACUGAAUUAAAUUUGUAAGGUUGUUUAUAUCUGAGAAUCAAGGCAAUAAUAUCACUUUGAGCAAAGUUGAAAAGGUUUUGAUUAGUAGCAUCAAUUUUAUUGUAUUUGAUUUUAAAAAACGUAAAUGUACAGAAAAAGCAGAAGGUAAUUAUAAAUUAUAGACUAGUUUUGAAAGGUUUGGUGAAAAAAAAUUUGCAUUUAGAGAAUGAUAUCAAGGUUUGAAUUUGUAUGACUUUAAAUGAAAAGUAGCAAGUUUGUAAUGAUUUUUGACGACAAAAUAAUUUCUGGUUACAGCUAUGAGUUGUUUUACAAAAUGGAGUAGUAUUUGGCAUUUUUUUGUAUUGGGUAAUUGAGUUAUAAGGUAGGUAUUUUUGAUAAAUAAAAUUAAAUAGAAGUAUUAUUAUUGAGAUGUUAAUUUGUAAGCAUAAGGUAAAUUUAAUGAUGGAAAAAAUCUAACAUAGGAAAUAAAUUUAAAUUGUCUCUCAAAAAAAUACAAUAAAUGCAUGUCAAUUUUGUAGAUGGAGAUCUUAAAUCAUCUUCAUGUAACCUUUGGUAGGUGGGUAUACUGCUGUACAGUUUCAUGAAAACAAAAUGCAAACAAUGAAAAAGAAGACUUCAUUUUCAGCUCUGAUCUUUGUUGCAGAGGGAAAAGUUAACUCACACUUGUCUUGUAAUUCCUUUUAUAAAUUUUGAUACUUAACCCUUAAACCUCUGAGAGUGACUAGCAUCUAGUUUCUCCUUGGAAAAUCACCCCUCAGUGAAACAUUAAGGUAACAAGAAUAAAAGAAAUGAUCACCAACUAAAGAAGCUCUUGAUUUUUUUUUAACAAAUUCUCCUUGUCAGGGCCUUUGGAAAUGUAUAGAGAACAGUAGGGAGAAUAUGCAUACUGAUGUUAGGGUGUAAACUAAGGGUUAAUGAAACAUGGGUGAUGAAUUAUUACUGGUAUCUAAGUAGCAGGCAUGAUGGCCCUCUGAACGAACAAGUAAGGAUAAUUUCUUAUAAAAAAGUUAAGUUGGUAUUGAAAUGUUCCAUAGGAAACUAAAUGUACAGAUAAGCUUAGGAAAUUACCAGUUACUUGGAAUUACAGAAUUACAUAGGUUUUGUCUCUAAAAGAAGACACUGAUUGCAUGGGUUAAUAUAACUUGAUACUGCUGUAACUAAAAUGCUAUUUUGAAAUAAAUAUUUUUUAAAUCA